AUACCACAGCUUUAGCAAUGGUGGCUCCCUGAACCCACUGCACCACAGCAGAAACUCCCCUUAUUUAAAUUAUCAUUGUCAUACCGUCAGGUGCGCCCUCCAUCAUGAUUGUUCUCCAUUCGGUUUCCUUUCUCCACCAAAACUGUGUCUAAGAUGAGCAACAUUUGGCUUAAAAAAAAAAAGGAUGUAUUUUUCAGAAGAUAUCAGAGAGUAAAGUGGGGUGGUUACUCUUUUAAAAGCAUAGAUGCUCUCACACAGCUGGAUACACUGCUGAGUGGCCCUCCCCCAACCAAGGGUAAGUGGAUGGAGAGACGCAGUCCUGGGCACCCAGGAGAGGGUUGGUGGGAUUUGCCAGUGAGAUUUGGCAUCCCAAUUGUUUAUCUUGUACUCUUUGCCGGGCCGUGACUCUGAGGAAGGCUUCUGCAGCUACACCCUCCAGGAAGAGUGUUUCUCAACCUAAACGGUUAUUAUUUUCAAAGUCUUUUAUUGCUUCUGAGCGUCAUUACGUCCUUUUCACUUAGUAUUGUUGCAGGCUCAUUCUCACUUACAUCAUUGUGUCAGUCAGGCUCCAACCAGGAAACAGAAAUACACCGAUUAUUUAAAACAGAGGAAAUUUAAUGCCGGAAAUUGGCUACACAUGAUGGAAGAGGCAGAGGAGCCAACCAGAGAACAGAGCGUUAACCCAGAGAUCAGCAGCUUCAGGAAGUUGCCACCUUCCCUAGGCAGGGGGAGGAUACAAGGAGGAAGUCACCAGAGCCUGGGAGUCAACAGAAGAAGCUCAAGGACUUCUCUGUCCAAGGCAGAGAGGGAGGGAGCGAAAUGCCAUGGCUUUUCUUUUUCCUUCUGCCUUCUAAGGUACCUCUCAGUAGUGCCUGCCUGCCAUUGACCAAACCAGCUGGAGGCCAGCUGACACCUGAGCCUUUGGAAGUCAGCCCCCUGCUGCUGACAGCAGAACUGGGGGGGCAGCAGGAUGUGUGUGUGUAUAAACCAGGGCUCUGAGGACAAACAGCUCUCAACCAGCAUAGUCACAUGUAACUGGGAUUAGCCUUCUCCUCCCGCCCCUCCCCACCCCAUUCAAAUAAAUUUGUUCUGGAAUUUAUUAAUGCAAAAUUUUUAAUCCAGCCUUCUCAUAGAACUUUCACACAUUUAGUUGGUAUAAGGAUAUAUUCAUCCUUCCACCCAAAUUAUUCAUUCUUUUUCCUUUUGGGGGGUAGCUGUUGAAUUAUCUCGGAGACGACACAUAGGAGUAACAACCCCUCAACCAGCCCAUUGGUAUUUGGAACUCAUAAAUCAUAUUAUGUUAUUAAAUACCCUCAGCGUUGAAGCACGUUCGUGUAUACUAUUUGAUUCUCAUAAAAAGUCUGAGUAGUUAGUAUUAUCUCCAUUUUAUGGAAGGAUUAUCUGCAUCUCAGAGACUUUAUGUGAAUUGCUCAUGGACAGAUAACAAAUAACAAAUACUGGAGCCAUAAUUCAAAUCCUGAUCUGUCUGGUUCCAAAUCCCAUAAACUUCCCCUGCUGCCUCAGGAGAGACGGAGUUGCCCAGAGGGCACAAGAGUCUUUUGGGGUGCUUGACUGAGUUGAGGUGAAAGGAGAAAAUAUGCUUUAAAGGUGCAAAAAUUUUCUUGUUGGCACAGAAAUUAUACUCUGGGUAUAACUAACACCAGGCAUAUCUAGCAUUGCAGUCUGAAGCGGUAGAUAACUUUUCCCUGAAAAAACUGCACCCCUGCCCUGAACAUAUACGGCUCAGUGUCAAUACCCAGGUCUGGCUAUUCUGGAAGGCUCAGUAUCACUGUAGCGUGUACCAUCCCAAGCCUGACUGAGGGCACGACAGUUGACGGGAGGGAAUAAGUCCAUGGUUCCCGUCUCCCUGUUUUUCCUCAAUAAAAUACAAGACAUUCAGUAAAAUUUGAAUGUCAGACAAUGAAGUUUUUAGUAUGAAGUAUGUCCCAAAUAUUGCAUGGGACAUAUUUACACUAAAAAGUUGUUGUUUAUCUGACAUUCAAAUGGCAUCUUGUAAUUUGCUAAGUUGGGCAACCUUAUCUCAAAGUGGGCAAUGAUCCCACCUUGUGUGUGUGUCUGUGUGUGUGUGUGUGUGUUGGGAGUCUACUGAGGAGCCCAUAUGGCUGUGUUUUUCCCAUCUGUGCCCUGUCCAUGCCAUGAGGUAAUAAUUCCUGCACAGGUGCAGAAUCCAAAGGGGGGCCUGGGAAGGGGACUCUGAAUUGGGGGUUCCCUCUGUGGUAAGGAGAGCUGACCUGACCUGAAGGCUAAAGUUGGCUUCCCUGGUUUCACUUAGCUUUUCUCUUGGUCGGUUUUCACUGGUAAGUGUUCACAUCUGACCAGAAAGUUAAAAUUAGCCUUAGAGAUGUGUAAACUUAUUCGAAGAAAAGGCAAGAGGAAGGGGCCCAAGGUGGUGAGAGGCAUCAGACAGAAAGGUCUCUGCGUCCCUUGGAAUCAGGGAGGAGGUUUAUAUUAGUGCUGGUACUGCUGGCCCAGGAGAAGACUCGAGAGCAGACUGAGUGGUCCCUCCCAGGUGGAUGUCAACGAGAGGAUGGAGCAGGUGAAAUGUGGGCCAGACACUUGCUUCUGAUUCUGAUCUGGAAGGGGCUGCCACUGGGCUAGAAACUCUCCCAACAAGAGGGUGGUCAAUUCAACAGCACCUCGUGGGAGAGGAAUUACCCUGCCUAUUCAUCCUGGAGGGGGCCACCCGGGGGCUACUCCUAGCCCUGCCACUAAGUCAAUCUGGACCCUUGAGUGAGCCGUUGCUAUCACUGAGCCUUUAAAAAUGGGCAGGUGGUGGGCAUAUUACGUUUCCAUUAUUGUUCCUCUUAGUUGUGAAGUUCUCUUGGUGUGUGUAUAAUUUUAAGUCUUCUCCUGACUCCCAUUCUGUGCUCACUGGUGAGUAUUCAGAUCUGACCAGAAAGUUAAAAUUAGCCAGGUAAGAAAGCUAGUAACCAUGCUUCACCAAUAAUCCUUGUUAUAUCUGAAGACUGCUUUUUCAUUUUUUCCUCAGCAGGCAAAAUAUCAAAAUCCUUUUUUUUCAAAAGGCUAUAUUCAAAUAAGUUAAUCAAUAGGUCUACUCUUUUCUAAAAGCCUCAUGUGAAAGAACAAUUAGUAACUCAGGGAGUUCCACUGUGGCUCAGCAAGUUAAGGACCCAGUGUUGUCUCUGUGAGGGUGCAGGUUCAAUCCCUGGCCUGGCUCAGUGGGUUAAGGCUAUGGCGUUGCCACAAGCUGCAGUGUAGGUCACAGAUGCAGCUUGGAUCCAUUGUUGCCAUGGCUGUAGUGUAGGCCUGCAGCUGCAGCUCCGAUGUGACCCUGGACCCAGGAACUUCCAGAUGCUGCAGGUGCAGCCCUAGAAAAAGGAAAAAGAAAAAAAAAGAAAGAAAGAAAAAAAAAAAUCCAGGUAGGAACUCUGUGAGACCAGAGGCUACAAUUAGUAUUUCAGUCCCUGUUUAUCGCUUAUCCAUCCAUUCAUUCAUUCAGCAAAUACUUAUUGAGCUCAGGCAAUGCAUUAGGCAGAUUCAAGCUUUGGGUGGAACAUUUCAACAAAACUACGAAACACGGCAAACUCUAGUUGACCUGAGGCCUGGUUCCUCAAAUCAUUUGCUUCUCUCUUCUGUUGCUGGACUCUUGGGAGUUUCAGGUUCAGCCACCUGCCCAUCAAAUGGUAGAGGCAAAAUGAAAAUGAGUUCGUGUUGACAGCUGCAGUGAAAGGUUAGAUGUGUUGGCUAACUUGAGGUAUUUGAAUAAUCUGUGGGUUUCCACCUCUUAUAGCUGUGGGCCUCUAAGACUGGACCUAAAUGGGAACUGGUUCUUUCUCCUGGGACUGCACAGCAGCCCUCUGAGAUGUCCUUCUCUUACCUGGGUCUUCCUUGCCCUCUGUCCACAGUGCUGCCCUUGAGAUGGAGUUACUGCCUCUCUGGCUUUGCCUGGGUGUUCACUUCUUGGCAGUGGAAUGGAGGAACCCAAGCAGAAUGGUCAUGGCGGCUUCCCAAGGGGACUGCAAGUUGCUGGAUGGAGUUGCUGACUGUCGAGGGCAGAAUCUUGCUUCGGUGCCCAGCAAUCUCCCGCCCUCCUCCCAGAUGCUCCUCCUGGAUGCCAACCCUCUCAAGACCCUGUGGAACCACUCCCUGCAGCAUUACCCUCUCCUGGAGAGCCUCAGCCUGCACAGCUGCCACCUGGAGCACAUCAGCCGCGGCGCCUUCCAGGAGCAGGCCCGCCUGCGCAGCCUGGCACUGCCGGACAACUCCCUCUCUGAGAGCUAUAAGGAGACUGCAGCGGCUCUCUGCCGCCUGCGGGGCCUGCGGAGGCUGGACUUGUCGGGGAACGCCCUGACGGAAGACAUGGUGGCCCUCAUGCUCCAGAACCUCUCUUCGCUGGAGUCUGUGUCCCUGGCUAGGAACACCAUCAUGAGGCUCGAUGACUCUGUCUUCGAGGGCCUGGGGCACCUCAGGGAGCUGGAUUUGCAGAGGAACUACAUCUUUGAGAUUGAGGGUGGUGCUUUUGACAGCCUGCCUGAGCUGAGGCACCUCAACCUGGCCUAUAACAACCUCCCUUGCAUCGUGGACUUCGGCCUCACCCAGCUCCGGUCCCUCAACGUCAGCUACAACAGCCUGGAGUGGUUCCUGGCCGCGGGGGGCGAGGCCCCCUUUGAGCUGGAGACGCUGGACCUCUCUCACAAUCAGCUGCUGUUCUUCCCCCUCCUGCCCCAGUGCAGCAAGCUGCGCACCCUCCUGCUGCGGGACAACCACAUGGGCUUCUACAGGGACCUGUACAACAGCUCAUCGCCGCAGGAGAUGGUGGCCCAGUUCCUCCUCGUGGACGGCAACGUGACCAACAUCACCACCGUCAGCCUCUGGGAAGAGUUUGCUUCCAGUGACCUCUCGGAACUCCGCUUCCUGGAUAUGAGUCAGAACCAGUUCCAGUACCUCCCCGACGGCUUCCUGAAGAAAAUGCCUGCGCUCUCCCACCUGAACCUCAACCAGAAUUGCCUGGUGACGCUCCACAUCCGGGAGCACGAGCCACCGCGGACGCUUGCCGAGCUGGACCUGAGCCAGAACCAGCUGUCGGCAGUGCACGUGGCUCCAGGGCUCCGCAGCGGCCUGAGGAGCCUCCGGUCCUUCAACCUGAGCUCCAACCAGCUCCUGGGUGUCCCCGCCGGCCUUUUCGCUGAUGCCAGCAACCUCACUACAAUUGACAUGAGCCACAAUCAGAUCUCAGUUUGUCCCCGGCCGGCGGGCGUAGACCCCGGGGACACCCCCAGCUGUGUGGACUUCAGAAGCUUGGCAUCUUUGAGGCGCCUGUCUCUGGAGGGCUGUGGGCUGAGGGCACUACAAGACUGCUCGUUCCAGGGCACCGCCCUCACCCACUUAGACCUGUCUGGGAACUGGGGGGUUCUGAAUGGGAGCCUCGCCCCUCUCAGGGUUCUCGCCCCCACCCUCCAGGUCCUAUCUCUCAGGAACGUGGGCCUCAGUUCCAGCUCCACCACGGAGUUGGACUUCUCUGAGUUUGGGAAUCUGAGGGCCUUGGACCUGUCGGGAAAUGCCUUGACCACUUUCCCACGGUUCAGGGGCAGCCUGUCCCUGAAGACCCUGGAUCUCCGCAGAAACUUGCUCACAGCCCUUCCUCAGAGGGCUGUGUCCGAGCAGCUCUCAGGAAGUCUGCGGACCAUCUACCUCAGUCAGAAUCCCUAUGACUGCUGUGGGGUGGAGGGCUGGGAGGCCCUGCAGCGCCUGCACACCGUGGCCGACUUGGCCAUGGUCACUUGCAACCUCUCCUCCAAGGUCCUGCGCCUGACGGAUCUGCCCAGAGGCGUCCCUCUGGACUGUAAGUGGGAGCGGGUAGACAUGGGCCUGCUGUACCUCGUGCUCAUUCUUCCCAGCUGCCUCACCCUGCUGGUGGCCUGCACCGUCAUCUUCCUCACUUUCAGGAAGCCUCUGCUUCAGGUCAUCAAGAGCCGGUGCCACUGGUCCUCCAUAUACUGACCUGGCAGCGUGCCCACGUUAGAAAUCUGGUCUGUGCACAUAAGGACGCUUUCUCUGCCAGAUUUCAAGACCUCCCCCCCUCCCCCGCCCCCGCCAAGGAUAAGCCUGCUGAAUCGAGGUUUAAAUUAAAGGUCGAAAUGCUUCCAUCCCUUAGCGAUCCCAAAUUCUUCCUCCCAUCAUUGUGAUAUAUCCAUAUCAUCCUGGUAAAAUAUUUAUUGACAUUCUAUGAAAAUAAAAACCGUGUCCUAUAAAUAUUUUUUAAAUCAAA